AUGAGCGCCGCAAGUAGCAGACAGCGACAGAACCAGUCGAAGCGUGAUGAGGCUAUCCGACGCAAGAUGGAGGCCGACCUCAACAAGAAGAGGAACGCCCCGACCAAGUCGAGAAGCUCCCGCAAAGCGCCUCCGGGAACCGUGCUCGCCCUGAAGCCUAGCCAGGCCCUCCAGAUCAAGCCCUCCAUGAGCAUCGCCGAGGCCGCCCAACUUAUGGCCGCCAAGAGGGAGGACUGCGUUUUGGUGACCGACGACAAUGAGCGCAUCGCGGGUAUUUUCACUGCCAAGGAUCUGGCCUUCCGAGUCAUUGGAAUGGGCCUGAAGGCGCGAGAGGUCUCCGUCGCGGAGAUCAUGACCAAGAACCCCCUUUGUGCGCGAACGGACACCAGCGCUACCGAUGCGCUUGACCUUAUGGUGCGGAAGGGAUUCAGACAUUUGCCAGUCAUGGAUGAGAACCAAGACAUUUCUGGUGUUUUGGAUAUCACUAAGUGUUUCUACGAUGCUAUGGAGAAGUUGGAACGCGCGUAUAGCUCGUCUCGAAAGCUUUACGAUGCGCUGGAGGGUGUGCAGACGGAGCUUGGUUCUAGUCAACCCCAGCAGGUCAUCCAAUAUGUUGAAGCAUUGCGUUCCAAAAUGUCCGGUCCCACCCUUGAGAGUGUUUUAGACGGAUUGCCUCCUAUCACUGUGUCAGUCCGCACCACCGUUAAGGACGCCGCGGCUCUGAUGAAGGAACACCACACUACAGCUUUGCUGGUCCAAGAUCAGGGCUCAAUCACCGGUAUCUUCACCAGCAAGGAUAUCGUUCUUCGCGUUAUCGCUCCCGGCCUCGAUCCCUCGACUUGCAGUGUUGUCCGUGUUAUGACUCCUCACCCCGACUUUGCCCCGUCGGAUAUGAGCAUUCAAGCUGCGCUUCGCAAGAUGCAUGAUGGUCACUACCUGAACCUGCCCGUGAUGAACGAGGGAGGUGAAAUUGUCGGCAUGGUGGAUGUGUUGAAACUUACAUAUGCCACUCUUGAACAGAUCAACACCAUGUCAACCCAAGACGAUGAGGGACCCGCAUGGAACAAGUUCUGGUUAUCAAUGGAUCAUGAAUCCGACUCCAUGGUCUCUGGCAGCCAGAGCCAACAACCGCAUACCCCACACCGCUCCGUUAUGAGCCCCGAUCUCACUCGCUCCGGCUAUGACAACAGUCUUCUUCCCAAUGACUCGGCAUCCCACCACGGUGAUGAGCAUUCCGAAGUUGCUUCCCAUCACCACACAGCGGAACACAAUGCUACUACUCCGUUCCCCUUCAAGUUCAAGGCCCCAGGUGGCCGAGUGCACCGCGUGAAUGUGCUUACCGCCAACGGCAUUACCGACCUUGUGUCGCAGGUCACCGCGAAACUUGGCAAGGAUCUUGAGGCUGUUGGUGGAGAGGCUACUGUCGACGAGGGUCGACUGAGCAACACCGGGUAUGCGCUCAGCUACAUGGAUAACGAGGGUGAUACGGUCUCCAUCACCACUGACCAGGAUAUGAUUGAUGCCAUCGAUCUGGCCCGUCGUGCCCGCCGCGAUAAAGUCGAUUUGUUUGUCCACGACCCCGCUCAGCCACCUAUCCCUGCCACCGUUGAGCCCCAACCCGUUAAGGUUGUGACCCCUGUCGAGGAGCAAAGCAUUGCUGAAGAAGCUGUCUCGGAAGACUCCCCUGUGAGCAAGCCCCGGCAGCAACAGCAAGCUGUGCCCAAACACUCGCCCGAGGAGCAGCUGAUUGCUGGCGUUCCCAACGACUUGUUGCUUCCCGGUGCUAUUGUCACUUUAGCUGCGGUCAUUGCUGGCGUGUUCAUUCUCAGCCGCCCCAGUGGCCGUUAA